AUGGGUGGAGAUCAUCAGAAGACGGCGGAGAAAAGGGUGGUGAAAGGGUGCAUCAAGUCGGGAAAAGGACCAUGGGUGGUUCAGCGGACCACCAAAGACGGCCGUGUCAUCACCAGAUACCGGUUUCCCUCCGACAGGGAGAGGCUGAAGAACCGUGAACGGGAGAGAAACCGGCGAAAUGUUGCUCGGAAAAUCUUUUCUGGGCUUCGGACUUUUGGAAACUAUCAACUCUCAAAGAACGCUGACACCAUUGAUUUACUGAAAGCAGUUUGUGAAGAAGCUGGUUGGCAUGUUGAAGAAGAUGGGACGAUUUAUAAGAAGAAUGUGUUGCAUGAUGAUGAUGGUGGUUAUUGCACUUGUGAUGAGAAGAUGGAUACUUAUAUGGAAUCAAGAUCGAAGAUGCAUCCUCAGAAAGACCAUGAUGAUAUCAAUGUCACACUUUCUCUCACGUUAGCUAGCUAGUUAGAAACUAGGGUUUUGCAUGGUGUUUUAAAGAAUAUUGAUGCUGUUAAUUAGGUGAUAUGCAAUUCAGAAAAUUGAAUAGAAAUUAAUUUCGUAUUUUUUAAGUGUUAAUGCAUUAUACGAAUUCAUACUCUGAUACUAAUGGAUGCAACUAAAGCUUGUUAGUUGUUUGAU